AUGACAACUCAUCCACCGCUCCACUCACUGAAACGACGGAUAAGCUAUUUGCACAAACCAGGAUCAGCAGCUCCUGCAGCUGCACCGCAGCAGAAGCACCCGAUAAAAGGGCAGGGAUAUCGUCUGUUGCGUAGAUCUCACGGACAGACUCGACUCCAUCGUCCACGACAUCCAGGCACGGUGCGUGUAACAUGUCACGGACAGCUGAGAGAUGCCCCGCGGUUCGCACGAACCUAUGCAGCAGAGGAAGCCCCUCCGAGAUCUCAGUGCCUUAUUGUUGUCAAUCUUCUGGAGGCCGAGGACACCACUGCCCAGGCUCGUCUGGACCACGACCUGCAGCUGCUGAGGUCGCACAUGGUUACCUUGUUUGAUGGCGACGAGGUGGAACCAGCGGCAUCGAUCAGAGUAAAAGCGGUAUUGGGGUUUGGAAAACCCCGAUAG